CCAAUAAAGCGCCUUUCAAGGGAGGACAGGUCUCCAAGUUGACCACUUGUCGCGCGAGCCAAAAGUCGCGCAAAAUAUCGACGUAUCAUCACCCGUCUUUGGCUUAGAGAUUCCUCUGAAGAAUAAAAAACUAAACUCUUAUCAUCACACAACGGCGCUGGCAGGCAAACAUGAACGUCAUUAUUGGAACUUUUGCUUUCGUGUGUCUUUCCCUUCCAUUGUACCUCGGAGAAGCCCGAAGUUUGGUCAGGCGGGAUGUGCCGCCAAUAGCACUUCCGGUAAACUUGUCAGCGAAAUACAACUUGACCACUACUGCCAUCCCUGUCACGACAGCGACGACGACGACAACACCAGAAACCUCCAAAGAUAAGUCCAGCAAAAAAGAUAGUGAUGUGAAAAUAGUUCAUGAGUCUCAUCCCAAUCCUCCAGUGCCUACUCCUCCGAACUUUUCCAAGGAUGAAAUGACCCUUAAACCGGAAGCGACUGUCAAACCGGAAGUGACUCUUAAACAGGAAACGACUAUUCAAGCUACAACAGCGACCACAGCGCGUCGCUCAGAUAUGACAACAAAACCAUCCAAAGAUGCAAAGAAGCAAGUUGAAGAAUAUGGCUUCAGCGAUAAGUACCUAGCCUCCCAAAAUAGGUUUGCUGUGCGCCGUAAUGUCAUAUUUGAUGUCGUUGGUGGUGACUCCAUGGCCUUCAGUAACUAUAACGUGCUUAGUAAGCAAGAAAUCUCUUUCCCUGAAAAUUGAUGAUAAAGAUGCCUCGAGAUGAAUAUCCCCAAGAAAACACCAUAAUAAUAAGCAAUGUAUACAUACAUAUAUAUAUACAGGUACAAGAAUGUACAGGCUCUGGAUUUUGUAUAAACAUAAAUCAUUUAAAAAUGAUACCAAAAUUUAACUCGGGUUCAACUUAAAGUUCGUUCUAUUAUUAACCAUGUCGUUAAAAUAAGUAGUUUGCUAUUAAAGUUUUAAAUUGAUAUUGUAUAAUCAGUCAAAACUUUUUAUGGCUCGUUCCCUAACCAUCUUUUCAGAGGAAGGAUAUACUUAAUGGUUUGAAAAGGAGUUUAUUCCUCCCACUGUCAGCGUUACUCAACAACCCCGCCACCCUCAGCACCAACAGAUUUCACGCAUAACUUCCCUUUGACGAUGUCUUUCUGAACCAUUUGCAGGUCUAUAUCCAUAAUAGGGAUAGUCCAAACACCUGAAUUCAAUACUAAUAAAAAUAAUGAAAAUGUAA